UCCUCGCCGAAUCUCCCAAAGCUUCCACAACCCUCGUUGACUCCGCAUCAGCGAAUGAUCUUAAUGGCGUAUGAUUUAUCAUUCGAAUUCAAGAGUUUAGAAAUGGAUCCGGAGGUUGUGGGCAAGAAAGACAUGAUAGUGACAAUUGAACGGGAAGAUUUGGUUCGACUUCUGUCGAAUAAUCAGCUUACCACACCACACAUUGAACUAUUUAUGAUGUAUCUUCAUCAUUUGUGCAUUACAUCGGGCAAAGGUGAUAAGUUUGGAUUCCUUUGCCCUCAUCACAUGACAGAGAAAGGGACCAUUGGCAGUUAUUUGUUCUUUCAAUGAAGAGCAACACUGUCGUCUUUUUAUGCUCCCUCCAUUACAAACUUGGGAAAGAAAUGAAGAAGACGAUAGACUUGGCAAUGAGAACAUAUCAAAAUGUAGUCUUACAAAAGCAUGGACAUGAGCUCAAGGAUCCCACAUGGAUUGAGCCAAAGAGUCAUAGACAACCGGUGAGGACGAACUUGUGCGGUCUAUAUGUCAUGAGGCACAUGCUCAAUAUUAUCACAUUAGGCAUGACCGAAUUUACAAAAGAGAUGUUCGACAAUUCGGAUGCAUUUUCUGAAGCUGAAAUUGAAGACAUCCGCAUACGUUGGGCAACCUAUUUUGUGGAGAACUUGUGAGGUUUUUUGUUACUUUUAGACAUGUUUUAAUUUUGAUAGUUGACACAAUUUAGAUAAUUAUUAGUUUUCCUAAUAGUUAAAUAGUUUUGUAUAGUUGAUAAAUACUUGAUAAACAAUUGUAAAUGAAUUGAGCUGUCUGAUUUGGCAA